AAAUAAGCGGGUUCUUUGAUUUGGAUAUUCUCUUCUCACAUGGCAUGUAGUUUGAAUUUUACUGAUGCUCUCUGAUAAUUUAACUCGGAGACAUGCAGCUGUCAUAAUAAAGUGAACUUAUUCCCUCACAAUGGAUAUACCAAUGUCUAUUGUCAUUGAAAAGACUCCGUUCGGAUUGGGGUUUACAUUAAAAGAUGAAGGUAAACCAUACGAGUCCACUGCUCUAGUGACUAAAGUUGCUCGAGGCAGUUCGGCGGAGGCAUCUGGCUUAAGAACAGGUGAUCGGAUUGUUGCCAUUAAUCAGAAACCUGUGAAAUCUAUGACAUUCUUAGAAGUUUCCAAUUUCCUCCGAAGUGGCAGCGAUCGAAAUAUUCAGCUUACAUUACUACAUAAAUCUCUUGUUCCUAACCAACCAAUUACUGAUACAAUUUGUGAAUUAUCACCGCUCAAAAUAUUGACUUCAUCUAAUAUCGUUAAUGGUAUUCAAAAUAUGUCUUUGAAAGAUUCCAAUUCUGCAUUUUUAUACACUACUAAUGCUAGUAAUACUACUACUAUUACUACUGAUGUUCAUAAAGAUGAAAUGAAGAUUUCACCUGACUGUACUUCGUCAGUUGUUCCAAUCUCUCAGUUGAAUAAACCGACACCCAAACCUCGAACUACUAUUAAUACUACUACUAAUACUACUGCCAACACUGGUAAUAGUAAUAAUUGUGAAAAGCUGUUUGAUAGUCAAGAAAUUAAAAAAUUGGACAAGUUAUCUAACAAUUUAUCACAUCCAGUUUUGUCACAACUUCAAGUAUCCGAAUUUGACAAUUCAUCAACGAGUCAUUUACACUCAGAUGAAUUCUUAUCAUCAAAUGAAGCUCGUAAAGAAAACUCUUGCCCACCUGAUUCAAUUCAGUUGAUGGAUAAUUCUCCGACGGGAACUGAUAAAACGCUGACUAAGAUCAAACCUAUCGAUCAUAAUUUGAACACAUAUGAAUCAUCUAAAAAGUCUGGAUUUGAUUCUGUUCGAAUUAUUCGAAAACAUACAAUAGAUCCGUCAAGUAUUGAAGAUGUAAACACAGAUACACUGCCAGUUCGAUUUAUUCGUAAACGUGCCUAUGCUUCUACUCGUCAUCCUGGUCGAUAUGAUCAAGUGAAAACAUUAACAUCAAUGAAUAUCACUUCUACUGAUAACACAAUUAUCACAAGUAAUACUACAGAGAGUCAGCCAGUUUCUGUUACAUGUAAAAAUGUCCAUACUUCACCAUGUCAACUUUUACCGGCUGUUAAUAUUUCACAUAAAAAUUCCAUCAAUAAUUACCAACAUAAUACUGAACCUAAAAUAAUUCACCUACCUCGACGUCGGAGCUCUACCAAUAGCGGUAGUGUUGUACAAGGAUUACAUUCAAAACACCAAAUGAAUGUAUCAUGUUUUACUCGUGAUGAUAAUAAUGAUGACGAGCAUGAUUAUUUGCUUGAUAAGCAACCAUUUCAAACUGGUACUCUUAAUAUUGGGCUGUUAGGAAAAGAUGUUUCAAACAUACAUGAAACAAAUAUCUCAUAUUCAUCACCUAAAGAAGAUUCACCUAUGCCGUAUGAUGCAACAUAUACCAAUAAGUCAAAUUAUGCUUCUGUUGGUACAUCACACCGAUCCAGUAAAACAAGUUUAUUAAGUUCACGUUUAUGGGCAUCAUUUGAUCAAGAUCAAAAUGAAUCUGUUUCAGAUUUGUGGACACGAGCCGGUGAAAUGUAUCACAUGCUUGAACAAGAAAGUCAACGUUUAGCCAAUAUGAAAACAAUAACGACAACUAAUACUACUUCUACGUCUACCACUACUACUAGGAGUAGUAAUAGUAGUAGCCGUAAAAGUAAAACUCAUCGACAUCCUGGCAUAUGGGAUAAUUAUCAACAAAUGAAUUGUUUUUCUGAUGAUAAUGAUAAGAAUACAGUUAAAAAUCUAGAAUUUUCUUCACAACUACCUUACUAUUCUAGUCCUAUACCUAGUUGUCAUAAAGAUACGUCUACAAAAGCUGCUCAUUACAACUCUCAUUGUUCAGAAUCAAGUCGUGAUCAUACUACCGUGAACUCGACUAAAAAACGCCUACAGUUUCGUGCUUUAUGCUCAGGUCUACGAUCACAUCGUUCAGAAUCGAAUAUACUAUGUGAUAUGUCUGGAUCAUUUUUGUCACGUCAAUGUUUUUGCAAAAUUCUUGCUAUCGGUGGAUCUGAUAAUAAAUCUUAUUCAUGGAAACCGUAUUACAUGCGCGUAUCUGGUGCUGAAGUGAGAUUUAUCAAAGCAUCUUGGGCAUUUCAUGGAUCUGGACGAACAACCAAAACUUCUAAAAGUAAAAAUGAUAUUAUCUAUCCAAGAAAUAAUAGUUUGGGUAAUCUUCGUGAUAAUUAUUCUUCUCGGGGAACACUGGAUACCUCUAAAUCUCAUGAUGAUUUAAAUGAUGAUUCUAUUACAUAUUAUUAUCCUACAUACAAUACCGAUAUGGAUUGUUCAAACAAUACUAUUAAUAUUAAUAAAUCAUUUAGCUGUAAUGCAUCGUGUUUAAUUCUUCCGAUACCCGGUCUUAUUUGGUGUUCAGAACAAUUGCCUGCCAAUUUCCCUAAUUGGUUACCUCUUGGUUGUAAUUCAAAUCAUAAUAGUAACAGUACUCAAACAUUAACUUCACGAAUAACCAGUGGUAAUAAUAACAAUAAUACUAGUGGAAUAAAUCCUGAUUGGAUGGAUCCUCAUGUUUCUGGUCUAUCUCAACAAAUUUUAUCAGAUCUCAAUGAUUGUUAUAAGUCGAAUACAUUAGAUUUCCAAAGUAAUACUACUACUAAUAAUAAUAAUGUAAAUAUGAAUGAUGAAGUUAGUAGUCGGUCGAAGUUUCGUUGUUUUCGUUUCGCUCAUUUGACAGCUGGUGUCGAAUUAUUAUUCGUAUUUCCAGAUGAGAAUGCAGCAAUGACUUGUUUAAAAAUGUGUCAGCUUUCUGGUGGACGUGACUAUGAUUGUGUUGUUGAACAGUUAGGUCAUCGUAAUGCGUCUACAUUAACAACAUAUCGUAAAAAAUCCUCAUCUAAUCCAUAUGAAUUAUUUCUCCUCAAAUUAUCAUCGAUCUUAUCUGAAAUCCCAACAAAAUUAAAUCAAAGUUUGUCUCAUGAUUUUACAGUAAAAGGUAAUAAAUAUCGUGUACCUCCUCUAGCAAACAAUGAUGAUGACGAUAUGGAUAAUGAUUACACCGGUGACAAUAACCCUGACGAUUUUGAUAAUUCAAUGCAUAGAGAUGUUUUUAUUCAACCAGGUAUUACAAAUUUUAUAACUACUUGUAGCCCUUUCAUCACCAAUACCUAUGGACCAUAUUGUUUAAUGAAAGAUAAAAGACGUCUACAUCGACGUUAUGUUAUUCAUCAGUCAUCGACUGAUUCAGACUAUUCAAAUGUUAUAGCUGAUGCUGAAGAUGUGAAUUCAAUAAAAUGUAAUAAAUCUGAUGUUGCUAAUAAAUUUCGAACACGAACUCGAGAGAAAAUUGAUUUAGAUGGUAUUCGAUCGGACAACACUGAGACAAUAAUAAACGAUAUCUCCAAUAAUAAUAACAGUAAUAAUCAGACAACGUCUGAUGUAACUCCUAGUAAUAUUAACAACAUCGUUGACGAUAAAUCACAUUCAACUAGUUUAAUUCGUACAAAUAAAAUACUACGCGGAUUCAAACAAUGGCUUCAACGUCCUGUUGGUGUAAAUAAUAAUAAUAUUAAUAGCAAUAAUAAUGCCAGUAGUACCAGUAAUAGUAUUAGUUCUAAUGGUCCCUCAGUUGGUUCAAUUAAUUUCUCAACUGCAAAUAAUCCAACCAGUACAAUGAACAACAUUGUCACCUCUGCCACUGGUUAUUUUAGUGGUAGCUGUGGAAGUACCACCACCAGUAGUGUAAAUUAUCAUAAUGUAAACAGUAAUAACAAUUGGGAUAUAUCUUCUACCGUGGAUGUUUCACAUUCGGAAUCUCCAAAUAAUGAACAUAAAUUCAGCUCACUAAUGACAGUUGUUGAUCCUCCAAAUAUGACUGAUUUAGAUAGCCCUGGUCCUGUAUUCGGUGCUUCAUUAGAAUCUCAAUUAGAAAGUCCUGAUUAUCCAUGCGUUCCAGUCCUGUUACAAGCUAUUGUCAUAGCCUUAGAGAUACAUGGACUUAAUUUACCUGGUCUGUAUAGAAAACCUGGUCGACAUCGUACAAUUGCGCAAUUUGUCUCUUCAGUAAACCUGCAUCCUGAAGAUAUUGAUUUGAUGUUUAGUUUGGAUGCUUGGCGUGAACCUAAUGCAUUAUGCGGUUUAUUUAAACAUUUUCUUCGACGAUUACCUGUUGGAUUAUUUUCUUUAUCCUCUUGGGAGCCACUUUUCUGUCUUGUUCCAGAGAUUGGGAAUUCUUCCGAUAUGAAACAAUUAGCCUAUCUAUUACUUUCUAUUCGUGUUCAAUUGAAAAAAAUGGCAUUUGAUGCUUUUGGUAUUCCAACUAUGAACACAAUGCCUGUAGAUGUACAAAAUAAUCCUUCCUCUCCGACUAAUGGCUCUAAUGAAUAUCAAUUUAGCGGAAUGAAUCCCAUCAGUGACCAUCUAUUCAAACCAUCUAUAUCUCCACCUAUAUCUCCUCACACUACUGUCGUUCCAUCGAAUACAUCCCACUUACAACUCAAAGAGGAUUUCAGUUUAAUGAAAAUGAGUAAUUUUAACGAAAAGGAGUUCAGCAUCUCUAAACAAUCAUUUCGUGUUUGGCGUUGGGCUACAUUAUGCUUUAUCAUGAAUCAUAUAACAAGAGUUGUAGCACAUGAACAUCAUAAUGCAGUAACAUAUCAAUGUAUAGCUAUAUGUUUCGGUCCUGUUUUCUUUGGAAAUUCAUCAAAACUUCCAAAAUUAAAUGAGGUUCUUGAACAUUUAUUUCGACAUUGGAAAUGGCUUAUUGACAGUUUACCAAUGAUUACAAAGAAUCCUAUCACAAAUAUCGAUUUCAGUACAAUCAAUGAACCAACUUUAAUGGAUGCUAUUACUUAUUUAACUACUACUAAUACUACUGCUACUGACAAGUCUAAACAACAAAAGAAACCAAUUCUUCAAGAUCAUAAUAAUAAUAAUCAUAUUCAAAGAUUAGAUUUAACACAUGGACCAAUAAAUAAUGAUACAUUAUUGUCUUCAUCUUCUAUUUUUUCUUCGGCACGACGUAAAUCUACUGAUGUUACUCUUAGUCAACAAUCUUCUAUAUCAUCAUCUGAACAAGAACAACAACUCACUGUUGAUUAUGACUUGAUUGUUAAAAAGUUUGAUAAUGAAGAUGAAUUGAAUAAAGAAGUUAUUGAACAAGUUCGCUCCUUGUGGUUAAAAGCUUUGGAUAAGAUGAAUAAUCAAUCACAUAGAAACUUACAAAUGAAAGAAAAAUCCUCUAAUGAUAACGCAUAUACUGACCAAUGAUCAAUAUAUAUGUGUAUAAGUCACAUAUACAUUUAUUAAAUACCAUCAAUAACAAAUUAUUUCAGUCCUAAGAAAACAACAAAUCAUUCUAAUAAUAACACUACUACUGUUACACUUCAUCGUACAGCAUCAGCAAUUCCAAAAAAAUCAACUGAACGUAAUAGACAAAAAGGUGUUAGACGAUUAACUGUUGGUGUUGCCAAUUCAUUGCCUCAUUCAUCAUCAUCAACUUUAGAUUAUUAUUGCAUUUCACCACCAUCAUCAUCAUCAUCAUCAUUAUCAUCACAACUUUUACAUACAAAAAAUAAAGAGGACACAUUAUUAACACAAUUGAAUAAUGUUAAAAAUAUUUCUAACUUAUCAUCACCACCACCAUCAUCAUCGUCAUUAUCAACUUCCCCUCCUUCUACUACACGGUGUGAUUUAAUGAUUGUUCGACGACCUGUCAUUCCUGUGACAACUUCUCAUUCAACUACAACUAUUUCAUAGGAAGAAAUUAGUAAAUGGUGUUAUUCUCUAUGAAAAUUGAUUGACUGGUUGACUUCCUUGCAAUCGCUAUUUGUUACUGUGUGUGUGUGUGCUUUGUCAUCCUGUCUUUUCGUUCUGCUUUUUUUCCUGAAUGUUUAUUUAAGAAUCACAUUCAGUUUGAUUUUGUACUUUUUUUGGAAUACGUUUAAGCCAAAUAUUAUUAUUAUUAUUAUUAUUAUUAUUAUUAUUAUUAUUAUUAUUAUUAUUAUUAUUAUUAUUAU